UCGGUUAUAAAUAAAGGUUUGGCAAAACGUGGGUGAUUUUUCUAGAAGGAGCUGACGUGUUGAGGUACCAUUAACAGUAUAUUAUUUAACAUUUUCACUUCCACGCAGACUGAGUGUAUUUAAACUUUUGGUAUCGAUUGACAAACCGAGUGAGUCCCUGAAAACAUGGCCGAAAGCGACUGGGAUACGGUGACUGUGUUGAGGAAGAAGGGCCCCACUGCUGCCCAGGCCAAGUCUAAGCAGGCAAUCACUGCUGCUCAGAGACGUGGGGAGGAUGUUGAGACUAGCAAGAAAUGGUCUGCUGGGCAGAAUAAACAGCACCUUGUGACCAAAAAUACAGCCAAACUGGACAGAGAGACAGAGGAGCUACACCACGAUAGGGUUCCUCUGGAGGUGGGCAAGGUCAUCCAGCAAGGCAGACAGGAGAAGGGAAUGACCCAGAAAGACCUCGCCACAAAAAUUAACGAGAAGCCACAAGUGAUUGCUGAUUAUGAAACUGGGAAGGCAAUACCCAACAACCAGGUCUUGGGAAAAAUUGAGAGAGUCAUUGGCCAAAAGCUGCGUGGGAAAGAUAUUGGCCAACCGCUGGAGGCAAAACACAAGACGAAAUGAACACAAAGCCUCGAAAUCAGCCCUCCCCAUCCCCAUACAUCACCUCUAACUUAAACCUGAGCCCUUUCCUCAAGCCUUAUCCCUGGAACCCCAAGCCCAAAUAUCCCAGUUCUCUUCUCCAAUCCCCCCCCUUUACCCUGGGCUGAUCUCACCUGUGUCCUUCCCGAGGACCUGGUUAUCAACUGUACCACAGGCUGCGUACGAACGGGUCAUCUGCAACACUCGAUGUAAACAAACAUGAUUGAAUGCAUUUUUUUCAGCAUCACAGAUUUAAAGAUCAGUGAAUUUCUUUCCACCUUUUAGGCGAUAGCAUGAUGGUGGUAAGUCAUUUAGAAGGUGACUUUCCUCUUCAUGAUCAAACGUGUCUGACUAACUUUCAAAUCUGAGCAUGUUGUUGAACCACAAGUGCUUGAUUGCAUCUUUUUUUCACGCUUUUAAGACAACUUGGUGGAUGUUAAUAUCGUGUUUUGAAAUGUUUUAAUGCUGUACAUUGUUUUGGUUUAAAAAAAUAAAGUUUGGCAGUUGA